AUGAAAAUCAUUCAGAAUAUUUCAUUUACAACAGAGGAAAAGAGAUAUGAUGAGCCAUUUAAUGUGACAUACACAAUCGCAAACAAGGGCAAUUCACCGAUUCUCCUCACCAUUUCAUCUAAUAUUACCAACGGACAUUUGUCGAAAGGAAAAGCAUCCAUUCCAGUUAACCUUUCUCCUGUCGAUAAUUUUACAUCAAAUUUUCUGGUGAUGGGUCAGAAGUCUUUUCAUUUACUGAAAUACUCCAUUGAAGUGAUGACAAAUGGAAAUUCGAAAGUGUUACAAAGAAGUCAAAAUACAUUUAUGAUUACCACGAAACAACACCCAGAAUUCAUUCAAAUUAACAAAUCCAGUGAUUGUCCUCUUGCUUCUUUGAAUACUGCAAAUUGUUCUCUUUAUCUAUGGAAAGCAGAGGCCCUUCUGGAAUUUUCUGAUGUUAACGUCACAAACAUUACAUUGUCGUCCGCUGCAGUUUUAUCCUACGUUAUCAAUGGUUCAACAAUUGAGGUGUUUAUUAAAGGAGAUUGCUGUGUUCCGUCAACAGAAAUCCAAGUGUUUGACAGCGACUUUUAUUCCGUUGUGAAUUCAGUGGAUUUUUCUGGAGGAUACGCGGUCCAAUCAAUUCCAAGCAAGAUUACUGACCAAUACUAA